AUGAAUAGCUCGUCCUCUGGCCCUAGAGUUGGUUUUCGAAGAAAGAGAAAAGUGCUACGAACUAGUUCAGAGAAAGCUCCGAAAAGUCAUCGCAAUGAAUCGGAUGAAGAUCGCGACAAACAUGCCCAUGAUUCCAACGCUGGCGAUAAUGAAGGCUCUCUUGCGGAGGAAGACCCUGAUCAUCUGUCCAAACUGUUACAACUCGUCCUGGAAUUUCCCCCCGAAGAUGACACUGGCGGUGUAGAUAAAGACAUCACACCUUUCCUGAAUAGCAUCCUCUCAUCUCGAAGCUCCAGAAAAGGCAGAGUGUCAGAGCCACCAGACGACGAUUCACCGACCUAUCUAAGGCUUUUCCAGUACAUCACAAAUUACCUCAUCCAAAACGAUGGCUUUCGAGCGACCGAAGCGGUGGCUCAAGCUACAACUCCGUACGGCGGAACAACUCUUGAGCAUAUUGGACAAGGAGCUACAUUUGCAGUGUCUAGAACGGUAAUCGCUCCAGGAGUGGAACUGACUGAUACAGUGCCUCGGAGACUGGCACUAUCGCGCUUCCACAGCUCAGACAUCCCAAACCAAGUCCGAGGCGAUGACCCAGCCCGCAUCAUUGUCUACAAAAGACCUCUCAUCCAGCCGAGUCUGGAGGAAGAGAAGACCAGCGCCAUGGAAACCGAACGCUUGGCAGCCGUUUUGUUAGAAAUAAGAGCUUUGACUCACCGUCCCCUGCUGCACCAUAAAAACAUUGUGGACUUCCUGGGCAUUGCGUGGGACAGAGAAGUCGCAAAAUACAACGCCGCAACCCUGAACAGCAUCGACUUGGAUGCAUAUCCAGCAUUCGUCCCGGUUCUUCUUCUUGAGCAUGCUGCCUAUGGAUCAUUAGCUGACUUUGCUGAGACCGACUUAUAUUCGUCAUUGCCGUUUAAUAAGAGGGCCAGUCUUUGUCGAGAUAUUGCGGAGGCCCUGUAUGCUCUUCACCAGUGCGGGAUCGUCCACGGAGACAUGAAAUCGGACAAUAUCUUGAUAUUCGAUGCUCAUAUCAAUGAUGAGCCAAGAAUGCAACACGGACUUCGCGCCAAAAUCGCCGAUUUUGGGUUCAGUGUUUCGGGAUCAGCUGAAGGCUUCUUUCGACUCACGGGCGGUACUUGGCUUUGGAGCGAUCCUGAAUCGGACAACACAGAGAUGACAUGGGUUGAACUUCAGAAAACAGAUGUCUUCUCUUACGGAUUAGUGGCAUGGAGCGUUUUGUCCACAAAGAAUCUUGAAUAUCUCUUCGAAAUCGACUUGAGCGAUGUUCAAUCCGACUUAAAUGAUUUCAAAUCCGACUCGAAUAAUUUAAAGUCCGAAGACACGAAAGCUCAAACGCCUCUCGAGAUGCAAGUCAAUAGCGUGAAGAGAUUCGAGUUACCGUCCAACGCGGCCAGUCAUUUUUACAGAGAGAAUGGGUUACGAAAGUUGCUCAUUGAAUUGCUUUUCGCGUACUCCCUGGACGGUAACUUGAACUCUCGCAGCACGAUUGACCAAAUUGUAACUCUAUGGGACGUUUGGUUCACUGGUCUUGGAUACCCUAAGUAUCAAGCAAUGGUCUCAGAAGAUCAGAAACCGAUCAAUUUUGAGCCGAUUUCCGCUCUAGGAAACGUCUCCAUCAAUCGACCGUUUCAAUCUAUCGCUCGAAUGGCCGGUCUUCUCCCUCCAUCAUCGAAACAGCAGGUUGUCCAUGCGAUUGGUAGUCUCACUGGAGAGAGCAGUUUGCGAGACAUACUGUUUCAUGGCUUCUGCUAUGCCACCGGAUGGGGGGUUGAGCAAGACCUCAACCGAGCCAAGGAAAUCAUUUAUCAACUUGGGGCAUCAGAUUUCGGUUACAAGUCGGCGAUCUUUCGAACCAUGUUUUUCGAAGCAUCGAACAGCGAGGCGGAAACCAGAGCGAAUAUAUAUACCCUUUACCUUCUUCGCCUCGCCCAGUCGCUAGGCAGUUAUGAAGCGGCCCAUAAGUUGAUUCAAUACUUUCCAAUCCCGAGCGGUUACGCUAGAACACGGAGCGACUAUCGUAGAGCUUGGCAGUACGGUAUUUAUACUAGGCCGAGGGAAGCAAUCGAGCCCAAGGUCGCUUGUCAAGUCCAGACGAAAGACAUCCAGCUCCAGUUCUCCUUGCGGCGAGAAAUAUUUGGCAUUUGGAGGCAGACCGAACUGCAUUUCGCCGUAGCCAUGGGGUAUUCAGAGGCUAUCGACGCAAUGGUCAGUGCACAAGGCUUUGAUCCGUCGCUCUUGAUGCUGCAAGACCUCAACGGGGAUACACCUUUGUUGCUGGCAUUUCGACUUGGAUGGUACCGCAUGGUGAUGCGGCUCAUUGACGCUGGUUCUAACUUUCGUAUCUCCAACAAUUAUGGAGAGACAGCAUUCCAUUUUCUGGUUGAGUUCGAUCAACCGGACGAGAAAUCACACCUUGCCGAAGUACUAUUUUCACUUUUGGGCGUCGAGUUCGCACAGCAUGCUAAGGCGUCUUCGCAUUCUGAUCUUGAAAAGGAGGAUUUCAAGCUCCUGCCACAUGACGACGGCAGACCAUUAAGCCGCAUUGUACGCCGAAACGAUGUUGUGCUGGCAAAGGUUUUCAUGAAGCAUGGGGUUAACCCAGCUCCCAAAGAGAAGGGCCUCAAUGCGCUCGACCUGGCGGCAUCUUUACACUGCUGGGAACUCCUUCAUGUAUUCUGGGAGUUCUUUCCGCAUCUCCAGGAAUGGAGGAGCAGCGAACUGCUUGCCCUGGCUUGCCGAACUGUUAGAACAGAGCGAAUGUACCUUCACGGUACCCGAACGUUCGAGAGUGUGGAAAAGUGCCUUGGCUUCUUAGUGGCAAAAAUGGCCAUACCCAAUGGAAACCAGUUACAAAUUAGCAAUGCCCCAGCGCUUCAUUUUGCAUUGCACUACUCCGCAGAUCGAGAGAUAUUGCAAUAUUUCAUCUCGAUUGUGUCGGCGGAAGAUAUCAAUUGCUACACCAAAGCCGCAAACUCGGAGGUAACAGCAAUGCAUCUGGCAAUUCAAGGUGGGUCGAGUAUAAUCGUUGCAGAUCUUAUCAAAAAAGGUGGCAGUACCCUACUGCCAGUUCGCUAUUUUGGAACGAAUGCACCACUUACGAUGCUGGAGAUGUGUGCUGGCCACCAGUCAUGUUCCGGUCGGAUUCUUGAGAUGAUUAUCAGCGAACAUGUAAAACACUCAGGUUCAUCGAGGAUCCCGCCGAAAGCUUUGACCUGCGCCGUGGCUAUGAACAAUUUCUCGGCAGCUGCGAUGUUAAUCAAAGCAGGUGUUGAUAUCAACGGACUAGACGACGGAGAUACAACCCCUCUUGGAGUCGUCCUAGGAAGGUGUACUGCUGAUACUGUCCAAUGCGUUCGCUUUCUCAUGGAAUACCCUCCAACCGUCGGCAAGCCGGCUGCGGCUUUUCUGGUAAAACCCAAGAUAAACGCCAGUGUUUUUCAUUCAUUGGCCACGAUCCCAGAUCGCACCCCGUUCUACAAUCGCAAAGUGCUGUACGACACCGUGGAUUACCUACUCGAAAAGUUUGGUGAUCGAGCCCAGGUAAAUAGUAUUGGAGAAACCGGAUAUACAGCCCUUCAUCUUGCUGCAAGCUAUAAUCCGAUGGUUGUUCAAAGGCUCCUGGAAUGCCCCGAGGUCGACGUCACCAUAAAGUCUACAACGCGCGGCAAAACCGCUCCUCAGCUCAAUCUCGAGGGUCUUGUACGGCCAGUGCCGGAAAAUUUUGGGAGGCAUGGGGAGAGAGUCGUCAGGCAAUACAAAAAAGACCAAAUCGCAGCUAGGAACCUGUUUGCGGCAAAGUGCGGUGACGAGCAGUCGAGAUGGACCGGUGCAACACAGUUGGAAGAGUUUGACCUUGGGGGAGGAAGAAUUGCUCCAAUGGAUGAUAUCGUAGUUUCGGAUAUGGAGUAUUCUCAGAUGAAGCCUACAUCACGGCAAUGGCCGCUCUGUGAUACAGAGCGCGUCCGAAUAUUGAACGAUAAUGUACCUUGUAGGUACCUUGAAAUGGCGAAACGAGGUGGUGGUGAGAGUGAAGCGGAUGGCAAACGAAUGAUUGGUACUGGUGACGAUGCUGCUCUUGUCUCUCCUCCAGAGCAGCCUCUUGGCAGCCUGCUUUCCACGUGUGGCGCUGCUCUAUUCUUGGCUGCCCGCCAACCUCUAUCGACUGGCAUUCUCACUAAAAGAGUAAGGAAUACCGCAGAACGACUAUAA